UUUAUCUUUAAACUUUAAAACAUUGGGCAACCCUUGUUUCUAACUAAGUUGUAAACAAAACAAUUUACUUAAAUUUAUAAAUUUUUGAUUUAUAUUAAAUUAUUUUUCUUCAUUUAUGAAGAUAUCUAAGCAAGUAUUGUAAAAAAGUUGAAGGAAAAAAAAGUGCCAACAAUGGAUAAAAAGUGCCGUUUGUGCCUAGUGGAAAGUGACAAUCGUGAAAUGUAUGAUUUAUAUGGUGAUUCGAAUUAUGAUGAUUUAAUGCGAGCUUGUCAAGAAGAGGAGGACAAUACAAAGUUGAAAUUAUAUGAAAAGGUUGAGUUCUGUUGUGGUAUUAGGAUUCAAUUCUCUAAGAAAAUGCCCACGAAAAUUUGUUCGAAAUGUUUUAAUAUGACGCGGAUUUGGUUUAAUUUUCGUCAAAUGUGCUUAAGUUCGCAAUUAUAUUUGGAAAGCUUGCAAGUAAAUGAGAAUGAUUAUAGUGUAGCCGCUGAAGAGAAUAAAAAUGCGAACUUUCUGCAAAGUCUAGUCGAGGAUUUACAAACAUUUCGCACCGAGAAGCGUCAAGAGAAGCCUGCAGAAUUUACCAUUGAAGUUUUAGGCCAGCAACAAAUUGGAAAUGAUUACACAUUUUCGGAUACCGAUUUUGAGCAAAUUAUUUGCUAUGAUGGUGAUGGUGGGGAUGGCGCAGACGAUGUUAACGAUAUCGAUUCUAAUGAAAUAGAUAAUGAAUCUAGACCAAAAGAUUAUGUUGAAGAACAUCACCAACUAUCUGAAGGUGAUAACGAUUGUUGUGAUGAGAGCAUUGAAAAUAACGUUGAACAGAGCGAAAUUUUAAUUGAAUUAACGCAGGACGAUUUUGUCGAAGCUAUGUCAUAUUUAAACGGGGAGGAUAGUGAGGAAUUGGAAAAUUAUAUAGAGUAUAUUACAAGAAGUGAUCUCAGCAUUAAACGCUUAAAACGCAGAGCUUUAAUACAACCCAAGUCCAAGAAACGUUCCUCCACAAUAAAGCCAGCAAUAAAAACAGGAGAAAAACCUAAAUUACCAAAACCAAUGACAUUCAUGUGCUCGAUAUGCGGAAAUGUCUAUACAAAGCGGCCAUUAUUUCAAUACCAUUUACGGAUGCAUUCCGAUCUUAAGCCGUAUCAAUGCGAAAUUUGCCAUAAAGCUUAUCGGAUGAUGAGUGAAUUGAAGAAUCACAUGUACCGUCAUACCGGUGAAAGGCCAUUUAAAUGCAAAUAUUGCGAUCGUAAAUUUAUGGAUCGAAGCUCCAGACAUCGUCAUGAACGAUUGCAUACCAACUCGCGACCGUUCGAGUGUAAAAUAUGUAAUAAAAGUUUCUCAUAUUCAGCCAUACUGAAGAAUCAUAUGAAAUUGCAUUCAGGCGAAAAGGAUUUCGCUUGUACUAUUUGCAAUAAGUCCUUUACCUUGCAACAUCAACUCAAGGCACACUUGAAUACCGCCACACAUCGUCAAAAAGAAGCCAGUCAAGAAUUUCAAAUUAUUGAAUAUGAAUAAGUAUAUGUGUGUAUGUGUGUACGUGUGUGUGAAGUUUAGUGUAAAAUUCCUUUUU